AUGAGUCUGGUGGGUCUUCAGCACCUGGACACUGGUGCUGGCUUCCGCAUCCUGGCCACCUUUUUCUUUCCCGCGAAAAGCCACUCCAUGAUGACCAACGCGAUCAUUCGGGAACUGGUGAAACGUGGUCAUGAAGUCACCAUGAUAACUUCCGUAUCUAUGGCCGAGGAAAACCUGGGACCAAAUUACAGGGAAAUUCCAAUUCCGCCGUACGAAAUCUUGCCAAAGGUUCAAGCGCUAACCAAGAAAAAGAACACGAUGGAGAUGACCGAUGUGGACAACCUGGCCUUCCUGAGAAUGAUUAAUUUAUUGGGAGUCGCCACCACAGACUUUGCCUUCGAGCAGCCAGAGGUUCAGGCAGUGAUCAAUGCCACAGAUAAGGUCGGGAAGUACGAUCUCCUCCUGGCGGAGCAGUUCUUCAACGAGGGAGCCCUCAUCCUUGGACACCUCUACCAGAUACCCAUCAUCACCAUCUCGACCUUUGGCUUUGCCAAUUACCUCAGUCAGUUGUUUGGAGUGGUCUCUCCCUGGUCAUAUGUUCCACACGUCUAUUUGCCAUAUUCUGACAAGAUGACGCUGUGGGAACGAAUACAUAAUGUGGCAUUCAGUGGCGUCGAAGACCUUCUCAGAGAGUUCACCUAUUACCCCCUCCAAGAUGCCAUUCUGCAGAAGCACUUCUCCAAGAGGCUAGAAAGAGUUCCCACCGUCAAGGAGCUGGAGAGGAAUAUUUCGGCCAUCCUGCUGAACAGUCACAUGCCACUGUUCUCGGCCAGACCCGUUUCCUAUAAUAUGAUACAAUGUGCUGGUCUGCACAUUCAGCCGCCAAAGGCUCUGCCCGAGGAUAUCCAACAGUUCCUGGAUGGAGCUUCCCAUGGGGCUAUUUACUUCAGUCUGGGUGAGUUUAAUUGCUAUUCCACUUCGUACUCCCAUUUCUAA